ACUCAGAGUACUCCUUCAGGAUCUUUGAGUGUACAUAAAUAUCGAAUUGUUUUACUAAUGAUGCAUUGAUUGUCUUGUUCAUUAUGUGUGUCCUAUCUUUAGCUUUUAACAGUGCCUUCGCUUCUUUCAGGGAGCUACUACACCUGUUCUGUUGGUUGAGAACAGUGGAAGAUGUAACAAGAAUUAAAGUGAUGAAAAGCACUGUCACAGAAGUUUUGUUGAAUGGAAGCAAGGCUAUCCAUGUUGACAAGAGGAUGAUUGAAGGACCAAACCCCAAUGACAAAGGAAAGAUCUUAAUUCCUUUAAUUGCGCUACUUCAAUAUCUAUUCAUUGUUAAACCAAUGAUACGAGCAAUGAAGAGAGACAUUGGGAGUGAGGGCGGACUAGCAUUCAAUCCGAUACAUGCCAGUGCUGAGAGGAAGGCUAAGAGUCCUGCUGAGCGGAGGAAAGCUGCUGUUGGUAGAAAGUACUAGUUUGGCUAUGGAAUUUGAUCCAGGAUGAAACUUAAGGGUGUAAGAUGCGUUUUUAUGCACCAACCAUCUCUGUAUUUCUUGCUUGUUUGUAUUGCCAGCUACAGCCCCAUUGUAAGAUUAUUUGAUAAUAAUGUCCGGCGGAUAGGUGACAGUUGAUACUAGAUACUAGAGACUAGAGAGGUGUUUUGUACACCCAGAUUAAUUUGGAAGUUG